AUGGUCUGCAUCGAUCGACUGACUCGAGUUGCACAUUUCAUUCCGACGACAAAGUCUGUCACGGCGGAGGAAUCGGCUCAGUUGUUCCUGGAGAAUGUCGUGAAGCUGCACGGCGUUCCGGUUCGUGUCUUGUCUGAUCACGGACCUCAGUUCAUUGCAAAGUUCUGGAAGAAGCUAUGGAAGGCGAUGGACAUCGACCUCUCCUACUCUAGCGCGUAUCAUCCACAAGGAAACGGUCUUGUGGAACGGGUGAAUCAAGCGCUGGAGUCAUACCUGCGAGCGUACGUCAGUGAAGCCGAGGACUGGUCAAGACUCCUCUGGUUGUGCGAGUUCACGUACAACAACACGGUGCACGCGGCGAUCCAGUGCAGUCCUUUCAUGGCCAUGUACGGGUUUCAGCCGGAAAUGGAUGAGAUUAACUUCAAGUCGCCGAAGGCACCUCAAACGGCAGCUGAUCGCGUGGAGGAACUCAAGGCACUGCGUUUCUCGUUGAGAGCGAAUAUUCACCGAGCAAACAUGUCCGCAGCCAAGUUCUAUGAUCGACACCACAAGGCAGCACCUCCGAUCACGGUGGGCAGCCUAGUCACAGUUCUGCGUCGCAGUCAGACGGCCGAACAACCGUAUGCCAAGCUGGCGUACGUACGCGAUGGUCCCUUCAAGGUCGUGAAGCAGAUCAAUGAGCGUGCCUUUGAGCUGGAUCUAGGUGAAGCAUCCAGCAAGUCCCGCACCUUCCAUGUAUCUGUCUUGGAAUUGUUUGUCGCUGAUGACGUGGAAGGUCGGAUUCGGCGGGUCCUGCCUCCUGUCAAGGACUGGGACGGAACAGUUCGACAUCGAGUCGAGGCGGUGAUUGAUUCGACUCGUCACAGCGAGAUUAUGUACUAUCGCAUCCGAAGG